AACAAGAGGCUCGAGAUUUAGCUAGUUGCACUGGUUACGCGAUUGAACAAAGUUAAUCGGAUUUAUUGUGUAUAUUGUCGUGGCGUGUAGCCGCCCAACAACAAGAAAAAAUGGCAGCAAAUGGUUUUGGAGGAUGGCUUGGCAGCAGUCUUCUUUGCACCUGAUGGUGAUGACUGUCAUGCUCUCUGUUAAUUUCACCUUCCUAUAGAUUGUGUUGCCAUGGAGCCCUGCGGAGGAAAUGAGCCAGCAAGUUAUACAAAGCAUUUGUAUGCUGGCUGUGAGCAGACGGCCAUAGGUGGCCAGGAUUCACAGACUGAGGUAAAGCCUCCAUCUGACACAUUUGAUGCUGGAUCCCCAGAGCCUCCGCCAUCAGGGAAACUUAAGAGGACUGCCUUAAGAUUCUUUGGAGGACGUAAAAGCAUUUGUGUUUUGCCCAACUUCUUUGGAGGGAGGAACAAAAAUCAGAACAAGUGUUCCUCUAAAAAGGUAGUAAGCAAGAGUAAAACUCAUGAUGGACUUAGCAAGGCAGGCUGGGAGGACAGUCCGGGUAGUGGAUAUGUUCCAGCAGGAGAUUUUGAGUACCACAGCCAGACUCCUAGCACUUGUUGUAGUGAAUCUGGCCACUCUACUGGUGAUCAUAAAUCCUUCUCCCUCCCCCGGCAGAAAAAGGGUUUGAGGGGACUUUUUAACAGCAUCAGGCGUCAUAGAAAGAAUAGAAAUUGUGAUUUAGAAAAAAAUGAAAUGGUUGCAAUGUCUCAUGUCUGCAACAAAGAGGUGCCUAUUGCCCAGACGAACAUUGACCAAAAUGACACUGAGUGCCUGAGCAGUUUUUCUGAAUCCAAUGUGCCUGUUUCUGCAAAUGUCGACGAUUGUUUGACUAUUGCUCCUGAAUGUAUUAAUGUUGAUGUCAUAGUGUCUGGGAACGACAUGGUGAAACAAGAGAGUGUGGAUUCUCUGGUAGGGGAACUGAUGAAAGGCGAGGACAUGGUAGCAAAGAAUGAUAACCCAAAUAAACACGAAGAGACACUCCAUGAAACUACUGAACCUGCUUCUCUCCUGAACACAAACAUAGAGUCUACAGUGAACGUCCAGCUGCCAACUGGCUCAUCUCAGAUGAGCUUGAUUUUUGGUGAUGUUGCGUCUCUGAAGAGUUUUGACUCACUCACUGGCUGUGGUGACAUAAUAGCUGAUCAAGAUGACGACAGUAUUGCAGAGAGCACAGUCUCUGGUGAAAGGAGUCGAAAUGCAGGCAAACGGAGUUCCUGUUAUGUUACCUACCAGGGUGGAGGAGAAGAAAUGGCCACCCCUGAUGAGGUGGCCGGAGACUAUCUCCACGACCUCUGGGAAAAUGAUGCUGCAGAGGACGUUUGCUAUACAGACAGCCAGGAACAAGAUUUUUUAGAGCACAGUGAAAGUCCUAGGAUGACACCUGAAGAGCCAUCUAGCUCCUAUAAUAUGGACAUCAGCAGCAACAGCAAUGGUGAUCUUGAAGUUACAGAGACCACCCUUACAUCUGCGGAUGUCAUGACCCCUCAGAGCGACCAUCAAGAGUCAGUUCCUAACAGCGAUGAGGGUUACUAUGACUCUACCACCCCAGGACAAGAUGAAGACGGACGUGACAAAGUUGACAAGAUCAGGACGGAUAGACUACCAAGGGACAGUUACAGUGGCGAUGCUCUGUAUGAGCUUUUUGAGCCUGAUGACAUUCUUAUCAGUCCACCUCUUGAAAAAUCUAAGCUGCCCGUUCCUGAUCCACUUGAGUUUUUAGAAAUACCAGCUCAGUGUAGUGAUGUAAAUGCUAUGUUCACUCCUGAAACAGGUCUAAUGGAAGAGGACAGGCUAACUUUGAUCCAGCAGGACCUUCUCUGUGCGGAGCUGCAAGGCAUGUGUAAACCUUCCAAACAUCAGGCUCUGUUCACCAAAGGGAGGAUCCACCAAGAUAAUAGCUUUCAGGAAAGCAUUUCUAAAGUGAACGCAAAAACUCAAGCCUCUAUGAAAGAGGACCAGGUCAACCCAGAGGCUUUGAAUAAAAAAGAAAACAUCAUGCCACAUGGAUCGCAUGCCUUAGAGCAGAGAUGUUUCAAAGCCUGUAAUGGUGGGAAUAGUGAGAAAAUGUCAGAUGCAGCUUUUAGCUCCCUUGCCUCAAAAACAUGUCAAUCACAAGAAAUGUACCCUGAGCAAAACAAGCCACAGUCACCCCACUUAAGAGGAAAUCAUGAUAUUUCUAAAGAAAAAAAGAAUGACUUGGAGGAUGACCAGACAAUUUGCUUCUCCCAAGCCCUAGUGGACUUUACAAAACAGUCACAAUUUUAUAGUAAUUCAACUGAAAGUAAGGGAGGCUCUGAGUCAGGCUCUCCCUUUGCCCAAAACAUGCAAGCCCUCCCUGCCAUUGUCACAUUUGAUGUCGUGGACAUGGAUAACGAGGGGGAAUAUGACCAGCAGAUGGAUAUGGUAAUGGAGGAGGAAGACAUCACGUCGCCUUACGAAGUGUUUGAAGAAAGCUACCUGCAAAAGGAUGCGUUUGCUGAAUGUGACUUACAAAUGUUUGACCUCUAUGAACAGAGUGUCCUCAGUAAUACUUGGGGAAUCGCCAGCCUGCCACGUCACCUUAGCCUUACACGAGUCAAUCAGUCGAGUCCACUGGCUCCUCUGCCAAGUCCUCUGGCCUUAAAUAGGAGGAGUAGAUCCCUGGACACAGAGAACUUGGAGUUAGAGAUGACUGACAUGUAUUUAGGGAGUGGGGCAGCACUAGCGUCUUGCCCUAGAACUGAAAGAGACUCAAAGAGGGCGUCCUCACUUCACCGCAAAAAGAACGGACACAUUUCCACUUCAGAGAACCGGGACAAUAGAAACAUGUUGCAGUCAUGGCAACCAAAGACUGAGGGGACUGUAACCCACCCAGGAGCAGAUGGGAAAAUAACAGAGCAGAUGCACAGUCUCUAUCAAACCCAAGACGGACGCAUUGUAUCAUUCAGUCAGCCUGUCAGUCGAAUCCCAAACUGUAAACCUCAACAGAUCUCAGCUAGCAAAAUGACUGACAGAGUAUCCUGUAAUUCUAUACCUGAGAAUACAGGACCGUUGCAUAGGCCAUCUCAUCUUCCUUUGCAGUCAGAAUCCUGUCGGCAUCAGGCCCCUGGUCGCCCUCAUGCCCGCUAUGGGAGAUCAGAUAAGGCAUCAGAUGGUGGGGGUGAGGCCCUUUUUUACACAUCGACCGUUGGCUCUCAUCCUUACAAUCAACACAGUAAGAUGAGGCCAGUGGGGAUCACCCAUGGAAUGCCUCAUCUUUACUCUGAGUCUGGGAGUCCUGUAAGCCCAGUGGACUAUGAGCAGCAGCCAGACUUCACCAGCAAAGGAAGAAAAGCAGUGGAAAUGAUGCGCCCUGUUGGAUGUAGCAAACACACAUCUGGAGCAAAUCCCUAAAAAUGGGAUGAAACCUCUUCUACAGUUAGCAUAUAGGCCUGUAUCCCACGUUUUCAUACUAUGUGCCACCAAAGACACACCAUCUAGUACGUUUACAUCACCGAAAAUUUAAUGAUUGUCUGUUACCGUUAUCACACAUUGCAAAUAUGCUGUUUUGAUUGAUAAGCUAUUGUAUUUCAAUGUGAUGUACAAGCCUUAGAAUUUGUGUUGCAAUGGAUAAGGAAGCCUGUGCUGUUCUAUCAUGCUGCGUUAUCUUGUGAACAGUCAUCACAAUACAGACUCUCCCAUGCAAUCUUUCAUGUUCAGGCCUGAGUAUACCUUGCAUUUGCUCAGCCCAGCAUUAGGCUACACAAAUCACAUUUAUUACACAUUGGUAGCUAAACUACAUGGUCUUUUCACUCUGUCAAAAGUUGUAUGUAGCCUUUAGUAUUUUUUAAUGACUUUCUUUACAGAAAGCUGUUUACUGCAGUCUCUGUGCUAGUACACUAUUAUGAUGGUAUUAGAUUGUAAUUGUGAUGCAUUUAUAAGAUGCAGCCUCAACAUGCAGUUUUGGAUAGCAGGUCAAUUAACCUUUUUUAGAUAUCAAAUGUAGGGGGAACUGCAUCGAUAAUGUCUUACAUUUUUGUAAAACUGAUUUUGUUGGUAGGCUAUAAACUGUAUGUUACAAUGUGUUUUGCAUUUAGAAUUUAUUUCAUCUUGCAUCAGUUAACAGAAAGAGAAUGGUUAGGCUAUAUGUUACUUUUAUUUUUGGUUGACAGAAUCUGAUAUCUGAAAAUAAUGCUUUGUUCUUUAGAUUUGUAUUCUGUAGUACCUCUGUAAGUAUUCUAAAAAGUGAUGUUGAAUUUGUAUUCACAACCGAUCCAUCUGCUGAGAACUGGUAUAGAUAGAUUUUACUCAGAUAAUCGUAACUCAACUGUCUGCUGGCAAAGUCUGUGAAAUUGUAAAUGACGUUCGUCAUCAUGCUGGUUGGCAUUUUGGGAUAUUGCCCCAGUCACCAUUUUGUCUAGUGCUAUGAAGAGUAAAAUGCUGCCUUGCACUUAAAUCAUUGAUACAUUUGUUUUGUUUGUAGAUAAAAAGACAAAAAACAAGGGGAUGGUUGGUAUAUUUUUUUUAUUGCCGAUUUUAGAAGAUUCUUUAAUGUUCCAUAUUUCUGUGAUUAUCAUACUAUUGUCCGACCUUUUCAAUAUAUUAUACUCAUUGA